AAGAUUUAGAUCUAUUCGUAACAAAGACAACAUAUUUAGGAAGAAAGUUUCAAAUGAUUGUCACCCUUCCUAUGUCUAAUUUCAAUCUAGAUCUAGUACCCGUAACGUGUAUAAUUUCAGAAACCACUAUUGUCAUCCAUCUAGAUCUAGAUUCUAGUUAUUCAAUUAGAAUAUAAACGCGACAAAUCGUUGUACCAUACUCCGUCAGUUUUGGCAGCUGCUGAAUGCAACACAGUCACAACACAGUCAACUUGAGUCAACACAGUGAAUUGCAGAAAUGGCUGCGUCGAACCAAACUAAACUAGUGGUCGCUGCUGGUUUUUUAAUAUUUAGAAGGCUUCAGAAUCAAGUCCAAUAUCUUCUCCUUCAGACUUCAUAUGGAGGACAUCACUGGACCCCUCCAAAAGGCCAUGUCGAUCCCGGAGAGUCUGAAUUUGAGACUGCUGUGAGGGAAACUGAGGAAGAGGCAGGACUGAAAGCUGAGCAGAUGAAAAUAAUCAAAGAGUUUGAAAAGUCCCUCCAUUAUGAUGUGAAAGGAAAGCCCAAGAAAGUGGUGUACUGGUUGUCUGAGCUGUCCAAUCCCAAUGACCCCAUCGUGCUGUCGCAUGAACACAAAGAUUUCAAGUGGCUUGAGCUUGAAUCAGCAUGCACCUAUUCCGAGUUUCCAGACAUGAUUAGCUUGUUAAAAGAAGCUGAUACUUUUAUUACCAGUAAAUAUAGCUCAUGAUGAGGAUUUGUUUUUAAUUAUUUUUAUAAGACAAUCUGUAUUUUUCAAAGAUUCCAUUCUCAGAUAAAUAUAUAUACUAAAUGUAUGAUUGUUUCUAAGAUUGAGCUUUCUUAGACUGCAUGAAGCUUUUUAAUUCAAGUAUGAUGAUCAUGUUAAGAUAAGUGAAAUAACACUGUUAUAAUGCAUUCAUUAAGUUUUAUUAUUAAUCAUGUGAGUGGUGUAUAUAAUGGUGCUCAUGGAAAUAAUUAAUUUUGCCUUCAUAUAUCUGUACUCUGUACAUUGAGGACAAAAUGCCUCUUGUAAUACCAGAAAAUAUGCUGCAGCCAUGUUUUCUGAAAACUCCCGAGGCUAUGAUACUGCAUCCUUUCAUUGACACAGUCAGAUGUACUCAGUUUCCCCCUCUUUUGAAAUGUGGUGUGAAUAUUGUAAGUGCCAUUUCAAAUGCCAUUUGUCCCUUUGUCAAACGCUUGGAAUAGUGUAAAUAGUAAAUAGUGCAUAGAGCUCAGAUUUUUGUUUUUGCUUUAUGAAGGCAUUGAACCCUGCAUUUAUUUUGUUUUCAACAACAUGAUGAAGUUUGACUUCUCAAGAUAAUAAUUUUUCAAAUGACAGGUCUCUGAAAUUUGCCUUGUUUGGUGUAGCAAGAAAUAUUGUUCUCUGAAAAGCCAGUGUCUUACAAUUUUAUGGGUUUACAGAUUUGGAAUUAUAAACCCGGGGGAAAUUUUUAGUCUUUGUAUGCCUCAAUAUUAUCUUUGACUUCAAGAAAACAUGAAAAUUUAGUAUGUGCAUUGUCAUUAGGCCUACAUGAUUGUGUGACUGUUCAAUGUUGUGCUUUAUGCUCGCUUUGCAUGCUGCGUGAAGUUCUCUGUUUUGAAUUAAUUUGAACCUUGAUAACUUGUUUUAUCUAUUAUCCAAUUUUAAUUAUUUAAACAGUGAAUUUCAUUGUUUUUACAGCUCUUUCUGAUCCGAUCAAGAAAAUCUACUUUCAGACAAUUUGAGUUUUUUCUUUGUGGUACCUAGAUUAUUGGUAGCUCAUUAUUGAAUUGUAAAAAUGAUUACCUCUGCACUUGUUUGAUUUGAUUUAUUGAAUGUAUAUCUGAUCUUCAGAUGUUCUUGAUCAGCACCUUCGAAAGAACUUUGAGCUGAAGGUUGAUACCUUUUUCCUAGGCCUAGUUAUAAUACAGAAAAUUUAAAGAGCAGUUAUUGUAGCCUGUUCAUUCAGACUUGGGGCUUUGAUGUUAGUUAUAUACCUGGCCUAGAAUAUAGCCUACAGUGGCAUCCAAAAGAAACUUGAAAAUAUAUUCGUCAUGUUUAAGCUUUGCCGCACUACCCACUAAUACAGUAUACCAAUUUAAAGCUAAAGAAAUUCUGCAUCAUCUGACACCUUAAUUUUUCAUCUACGAUGAGAGUCGCCUGAGAUAUAGUCACUCAAAACUGACCUUAAAAAAUUAUGCUUGGCAAAAUUAUGUGAAAUCAAAUAUUGGAAUGUAUUGAUGUUGGUGGAGGAAUGGGUAUGUAUUGAUAUCAAAUGAAUGGAGCAUUUUUUUUUUGUCGGCAGUAAACAAUAUUUUAUAAUGAUAGUUUGAAACAAAUUGGAAAAUAGAGCAGUCACAAAUAGAUCGGUUGAAUAUUAUAUCUUCAAGUUUCUUUUGGACGCCACUACGUACACUUCAAAGAUUUUAUUGUUACAGAUUUAUGACUUGAGGAAAGACAUCGUUUAAAUUAAUAAUUCUGUUAGAAAACGGUCGUGGCUAAUGUAAUCCUUCAAGAAUAUUCUAUUUCUUGUAUAAGUGUACGUCACUGGAAGGCUUUUCAAUUUAGUAAAGUAACGUUGUGCAAUUUACAGUACAUGUACAUGUAUCUAAUCAAGCAGCUGGGUAGUAUGAAGAAAAAAACAAAAGAGAGAUUGAAAUCUAUUAAAAAUGGUGUCUUAUCUUUCAUUAAUUUAAAGCAGUUCAUUCCUCUUUAAUUACUUUUGUGCAGUUUUACGUUACCUACUUGUUUUCUGUCAUUCAUUUAUACGAUAUUUCACUUGAUAAGUAUGUGAAGUGCUUUCUUUGAGGCUGUAGACGAUGUGACUAAGUUGAAUGACCAACUUAUUGAAUAGAAUGUACAAUUCCAGCACAAGGGCAUGUACUUACUUUGAGUAAUGACUUAAAUAACUGGGUGUAGACUAGGUUAUAGAAUAGCUAUAAUAGUUGAGGAAAGACCUCCCCUUGUACUGUGCAGACUGUCUUAUAUAUUUGUAUAGUAAGUUCACCCUUGUCACGAGCCCACCCGUGCUCUUGCUCAUGAGGCGUCAGUCAUUUGACGUUCAUCUAAGUAAACGAUCAUAACAUUACACUUUAUUUUCAUCCUUUUCAGCUUUAAAUUCACUAUCUGGCAUAGAUCUAUAUCCCGGUUUCUUCGUUUUUUGUGUAAGUAGUUUAGGGUCUCAUUUACUGAUUCAUGUUGAAAGUCUUAAUUCAUUUCUCUCUAAGUAAAGAUUAUACUUUUGUGCUGUCCAUAUAGUUGAAUACAGUAGAACCCUUGUUACCUGUACUUUGCAGAACCCAUGUAUAUCCGAUUUCAUGUUAAAAGAAGUUACAAUACGUAGAACUAAAAGCGGGGAAAAAAAUAGGAUUCGAAAUCCUUUCACUUUCUUGGUAGCAGGAAUGUCUUGUUAAAUGGCUUCGUGUUAAACAAAGUUUACUGCAUAUAAAAUAUUAUGCGGGCCUACUUCCUGAGUGUUCAUUUAACAUCUUUUUGUGUUUUGUUGAUGGCUUUUUUUAUAUAUUGAAAGUUGUGAGUUCACUGCUAGAGAUAAAUAGACUAGACUACGACUAGAUUUUGAGUUUAAGUAGGUUGUUUGUUUGGGUUUUUUGUUGUUUUUUGUUUUUGUUUUUAUUUGGGGGGGGUUCAAGUUUCUCUAAUAGUUGACAGUGAUAUAUAUCUAAAAAUUUGAAUGCAGUACAGAUUUAAGUUUAUCCCAGUUUUGGGGGUUUUAAAGAAAUAUACUUAUUUUCACAUAUGUGGAAGUUGUGUAUUGAGCACAUGAUCAUCUGAAAAUUCCUUGAUUCAUUGUCAAUAAAUCACAAAUUUAUUUUCUUUGUAUCUAAGCUUUUUAACAUUUUUUUUCUGUUUCAUGUUUUGACAUCCUGAUAUUCCUAAUGACUUUCCUUCUUGCUUUCUGUUAUUGGUGUUGUUGUUUUGUUGCUUUUGACUAGAAUCUAUCUUAAUCUAGCACAGAAUUUAGAAUAUAUGUGUGAGGCAUCGUGGUAAAAUCAGGCGCUCGCCAAAAUAAUUAAAUCAAAGAAAUCGGCCGUUUUUUGGUUGAUUGGCCAUUUUUUUCUUAUUUUCUUAUUUUGACUCAACACCUUUCAUGUCCAUAGAUACAUUUUUGCCUGGAUUUUCCUGAAAUACAUUGAUUAAAAGCACAAAAAAAUGUAAAUUUUCAGUUUCGAAGGACUCUCAGGCUGUGAAGUUAUCAUACUUUGGCGGCCAUUUUUUUCACUAAUUUUACCUCUGAAACCAGGCAAUCCUGACCUCCUUCAAUCACGAAUAACUCAACUUCUAUUCAACAUAGAUGGAUAUUUUUUUCACCAAACGGAAGGCAAAGGAACAGGCUUUAAGAUGAUACCAAUUACCCCAUAUACCGAAAAAUUGGCGAGCGCCUGAUUCCACCUCGUCGUGUCACAUAUGGAGCGUAUGGUCUUUUCACUUUUCUGAAUUGAGAGGACAUAUUCUUCUAGGAAGAAUGAGAAUGUUGCAUGCAUACAUAAUAUACCCUGCUCAUAUUACUCUUUACAUUUUGAUUUCAUAGAUGUAAAUUUUAUUAUAAAUGUUUUAGAUGUCCAGCCAACUUUCUCGUCAUUUGCUGCAGAAAGUUGAUGUCUCUUUCUAAUCCAAUUUGAAUUGAUUUUUCUAAGGUUAGGUGUGUGGACAGGUUAUCCAUUCUGGCAAGCCCAAUUCUAGAUGAUUUUUGCAUAAUUCCAAAUAAUGUCCCUGUCCAAGGUUUAGCUGUUUUUGUUCUUGUUAAAGGACGCCAAUCAGUAAUCAGUGCUGAUUAGCUAAACUGCACUGAUGUCAACGGUGCUCCGUUUUUAUCAAAUGGAGACCAUUCAUGUGGAAGCCUGUUUUAUUUUCUACUACGGUAUUCUUCAAGUUAUUUCCCCUCCUUACAUUUCCAUAAUAAAGGAUCAUGCUUACAUAGACAUUGGAAA